AUGGGGGACGAGCAUCCGCCCGAGUUCAUCGAGCGUCCGCGCGACCAGAAGGUGCCGUACAGCGAAGCGGCGGCCUUCUUCUGCCGGGCGCGCGGCGAUCCUCCGCCGCUCAUCAAGUGGUGGCACAACGGCGAGCCGCUGCUGCCCUACUUGCUGGUGGAGUUUCCGCAGGGCAACGGCUUCUGGGUGGAGCCUGUACGCACCAUCGCCGACGAGGGCGACUACGAGUGCGUGGCCGAGAACGGCGUCGGCAAUCCGGUGCGCGCCAAGGCCACGCUAACGGUCAUUGGAGAAACGCAUCGGCCGCCCGGCUUUCCACGCAUCAUCCAGCAUCCGACGCCGCAGCUGGUGGAGAAGGGUCACGACUUUGUCGUCAACUGCAAGGCCACCGGCGACCCGGAGCCCACCGUGCGCUGGUUUAUGAACGAUGUGCCUAUCAACACGUCCAGCGGCCGCUUCGUGCUCCGCGACCGGCCCAACAGAGGUGACUUGGUCGUCAAUGACUCUGUGAAGUCCGACGAGGGCAAGUACCGCUGCGCCGCCGAGAACGGCGAGGGCACCGUCUACUCGAACGACGCCACCGUCUACAUCAGGGUGCGCCGCGCGAAGCCGUCGUUCACCAUCCUGCCGGACGCGGUGCACGAAGUGCUGGCCGGCGAGGACCUGAACCUUACCUGCGUGGCCGUCGGCUCGCCCGUGCCCCACGUCCGGUGGCACAAGGAGCCGGGCAUCGAGCUGAGGCCGCAGGAGCCGGCCCCGAUCGGCCGCUCGGUCCUCGUGCUCAGCAACGUGCGUCAGUCCAACAACUACACGUGCGUGGCCACUAACGAGCUCGGCUUGGUGGCCAGCAUGACGCAGGUCAGCGUGCAAGGGCUGCCGCGGCCGCCGACAAACCUGCGCGUGUUGGACGUGACCUCGGAGGCGGUCCGCCUCUCGUGGUCGUAUGACCUGGACCAGGAAACCAUCCAGUACUACGUCAUCCAGUACAGCCAAAAGUACGGUGUGCAGCAGGAGAUCAACGGCGUGAUAGCGCUCCACUACGUGGUGCCCAACCUGGCGCCGUUCACCGAGUACGAGUUCCGCGUGAUCGCUGUCAACAACUUGGGCCGCGGCCGACCCAGCGCGCCCGUCCAGGUCACCACGCACCUGACAAAGCCCGGCUCGGCGCCCAAGAACGUGCGCGUGCGGCCGCUGGGCUCCAGCACGCUGGUUGUCAUGUGGGACGGCCUCGACAAGCCUAAUGUCCAGAUCACCAGCUACAAGGUCUACUUCACGAUGACGCCCGACCUGCCGCUGAAGCAGUGGGAGUCGGAGGUGGUGUACGCCGGCGGCGGCACACUCACCACCCUCUCCGGGCUGGUCCCACACGAGAUCUACACGCUCCGUGUACAGGCCGAGACGCUGGCCGGGCCCGGGCCCAUUUCGGUGCCGGUACGCGCCAAGACGCAACAGGGCGUGCCCAGUCAGCCGAACGGCCUGGACGUGGUGGAGAAGGGCGCCACAACGGCCGUCCUCAGCUGGGAGCGGCCCGUGUACUCCAGGGGGGGCAUCAUCAACUACGUCGUGUACUACAACAACACGUACGAGAAGGUGGAGCGGCGCAUGGUGGUGCCGCUGCACGAGCGCUACGAGAUGAAGGACCUGUACCCGAACACGCUGUACUACGUGUGGGUGGCGGCCGUCUCUGGCAGAGGCGAGGGUGCUGCCACGCCGGCCAUCCCGUUCCGCACCGAGGAGUAUGUGCCGGGCGGGGCGCCGCGGGCGGUGCGCGUGCGCGCGCUGGACUCGCGCUCGCUGCUGGUCUCCUGGCUGCCGCCGUCGGCGGACCUGCAGAACGGUGUCAUCCGCUACUACAAGAUCUUCUUGAAGCGCUCUGGCCAGGACGACUCGGACGCGGUUGAGAUCAAGCUGAAAGACCCGUCGCAUCGCAACUUCACGGUGGACGAGCUGCGCAAGUACACCGAGUAUUCCAUCAGUGUGCUGGCCGGCACGCUGGUGGGCGACGGGCCGCAGAGCCACCCUUUCCUGGCACGCACCGAAGACGACGUGCCGGGCAAGCCGCGCAACCUGACCGCCCGCGUGCUGAACUCGACGGCCGUCCGGCUCACCUGGUCACUACCCACGGACCGCGAGCGCAACGGCCUGAUCCUCGGGUACCAGGUCCUCGUGCAAGAGCUAGGCACUGAGGGCAACGGCCGCUCGUCCCGGCCGCGACGCUACGAGAUCCGCGACGGCGAGGCGGCCGACUACACGGCGGCCGACCUGCAGCCCAGCACCUCCUACCUGUUCCGGGUGUCGGCACUCACUCGCAAGGGGGACGGCUCGCGCAGCGACGCGGCGCGCGCCACCACACAGGGCAGCGUGCCCAGCCAGCCCGACGUGCACAUCAAAGUGAUCAAGGAGGAGGAGCGGGUGACGCUGGACGUGGAGUGGUCUCGCCCGACCGAGACGCACGGUACGGGCGACGCCGCCAGGCUCAGGGAGGUCACCAUCGCCGGAAACACGACCCAGUACAAACGGCUCAGCGGCCUGGAACGUGGCGUCGAGUACGAGUUUCGCGUGAGCGGCCGGAACGACGUCGGCCACGGCCAGGAGCAGAUCAUCACGUACAACGCGAGCGAGGGCGCGCCGUCCGGCCCCGUCACCAACGUCACGUUCAGAUUUCAGGCGACCGAUCGGGUGGCGUUCACCUGGGAUCCGCCGCGAUCGGACCAGCGAAACGGCAAGAUCACCGGCUACAGUGUGCAGCUCCACAAGGAGGGCAACCUUGACCACGUGGAGCGGAUGCACCCCAACGACACCAAGGUGGUGUUCACCAAGCUGGAGGAGAGCACGGCGUACGUGUUCCGGGCGCGCGCCAACACGUCGGUGGGCGCCGGGCCGUGGAGUGCGCCCUUCUCGGUCAGCACCGAGAGUGACCUGGUGCGGCCGCCCAUCAACCUGCGCGCCAUGGCCACCAGCUUCUCAAGCGUCGAGGUGUGGUGGGAGCACGUGCACACCGCCACACAGAUCGUCGGAUACCAGGUGUUCUACGCCAUGGCGCCCGGGACGGACCUAGACGCCUGGUCGUUCAAGAAGGUGCCGAUCACCACGUCUGCUGAGCUGAAGAACCUGGACAAGCACGCCCAGUACGCCAUCGCGGUGGCCGCGCGCAGCAAGUCGGGUCUGGGCCGUCUCUCGGACCUGAUCCGCGUGCGCGUGAAUCCAAUCGACGUGCCGCUGAACCUGCACGCGCUCAACGUGCGCGCGCACGGCAUGUCGCUGACGUGGCGCCGGCCGGCGCACCUUGACCCGCGCAACUACCGCAUCCGCUACGACGCUGUCAAGGAGUUCCUCGAUGCCGAGGGCGUAACACAGUCGCGUCGCAUCGAGCCGCGCUCGCUGAUCCUGGACGCCAAGCGGUGCGAAAAGAGGAGCGUCUGCCGCAAGCAGAUCGAGGACCUGGAGCCGUUCACCACGUACACGGUGAACGUGACGGCCGUGCCCGACGACAACGGCUACCGCGCGCCGGCCAAGAUCCGCGUCACAACUCAGAUGGCCGCGCCGCAGCCGAUGGCGAAGCCCGACCCGCUGGGCGUGCGCAACCAGAAUGUGAUGGUGAUCCUGCCGCGUGCCUCGGAAGAGUACGGCCCCAUCUCGCACUACCUUGUCGUGGUGGUGCCUGAACACGACGUCAGGGACCAUCCGGAUUCGCACAGCACAAAGAAGAUGGUGGAGGCGAAGCGCUCCGAGCUGAUGCCCAACUACCGGCCGUACAUCACCGCCAUGUUCCACCAGCGCAGCAUCCCGUACACCUUCGCGCUCGGGGACGGUCGCAAGUACGACGGCUUCGUCAACAAGCCGCUGGAGAAGGGCAAGAAGUACCGCAUCUUCGUGCGUGCGGUCGUGGACAUGCCGGCGGAGGACCUGUUCACGUCCAGUCCGUACUCAGAAUUGCUCAGUCUGGACAUGAAGCGGCCGCGGGCGGGCGCGUCGUACUCCUCGUCCAGCCUGGUCUGGGUGGUGGGUCCGACGGCCGUCGGUCUGUUGCUGCUCAUCAUCCUGGUGCCGUACAUCGUCAUCGCCGCCAGGAGGUGUGGCAGGCGGCGCCAGUUGCAGAGGUCGCCAGAGCCAGCCACCGUGAUGAAGCCGCCGAUGUGCGACAUGGCGGCGCCGGCCAGACACUCGCAGACCGACCCGGCCGAGGUCCGGCGCCAGAACCUCCAGACGCCCGGCAUGAUACCGCACCCACCCGUACACGUUAGCCAGCUGGCCGACCACGUGGAAGCGCUCAAGGCCAACGACAACAGCAAGUUCUCGCAGGAGUACGAGUCGAUCGAGCCGGGUCAGCAGUUCACCUGGUUCAACUCCAACCUGGACAAGAAUCAGCCCAAGAACCGAUAUGCUAACAUAUUAGCGUACGACCACUCGCGCGUGGUGCUGCAGUCGGAGGAGGGGCUGGCGGGCAGCGACUACAUCAACGCCAACUUCUGCGACGGCUACCUCAAGCACAAUGCCUACAUCGCCACCCAGGGCCCGCUGCCCGAAACGUUCUCCGACUUCUGGCGCAUGGUGUGGGAGCAGCGCAGCUUCACUAUCGUCAUGAUGACGCGCCUGGAGGAGCAGGCGCGCAUCGAGUGCGAUCAGUACUGGCCCACCAAGGGCACGAAGUCGUACUGGCCCAUCCACGUGACGCUCACAGACAGUCAGGAGCUGGCCAGCUACGUGGUCCGCACCUUUCAGCUGCAACGGGCCGAUUCGCUGGAGCGGCGCGAGGUGCGCCAGUUCCAGUUCACGGCAUGGCCUGACCACGGCGUGCCCGACCACCCGACGCCGUUCCUGCUGUUCCUGCACCACGUCAAGGCGCUGAACCCGGCCGACGCCGGGCCGAUGGUGACGCACUGCUCGGCUGGUGUGGGCCGCACCGGGUGCUUCAUCGCCAUCGACAGCAUGCUGGAGCGCAUCCGCUCCGAGGCCACGGUUGACGUCUACGGUCACGUGACUUGCCUGCGAGCCCAGCGCAACUACAUGGUGCAGACCGAGGACCAGUACAUUUUCAUCCACGACGCGCUGCUGGAGUCGCUGGUGGCCGGCAACACGGAGGUACCGGCACGCAACCUGCAGGCCUUCACAUCGCAGCUGCUUCCGCCGACCGGACCCGGCGACAUCACCGGCAUGGAGCUCGAGUUCCAGGAUCAGCACUGGACUAGUCCCGCUCCGCAGGAUCAGCACUGGACUGGUCCCGCUUCGCAGGAUCAGCACUGGACUGGUCCCGCCCUGCAGGAUCAGCACUGGACUGGUCCCGCCCUGCAGGAUCAGCAUGUACCGACGGCGUUCGCGUACCGAGCGGCGCUCGAGUGCCUCAACACGCUCGACCACGUAGUGCCCGAGCGUGAGCCGCAGCGGCGAUUGAGCGAGCGAGCCUGCCGGCCGGACGCCUGCGACGGUGCCGACAUAUCAGGGCGGCGCGGCCGACUGCAGCAGCACCGCCGCCAAGGCCCACAUUUCCCCUGCCCGCGACCGCCAUACGUGACGUGAUACGGCGGGCGGCCGGGCUCAGCCAUGCGCACAAGGUGCUGUACACAAGGCCGCUGUACAUACGCCCGUUGGCAU